AUGAGAAUUUUCAACGUUCUGCUCCUCGGAGGAGCCUCUUUGAUUGUUGCUGCCCCUACCGGUGUUAUGAACGAAGAGACACGCGAAGCCAGCAUUUCUUUCCUCGAGUCUACGCAUUACAAGAAAUCCCCCAACGCUGCUGCAGAGCCGGCACCUGCUAUUGAGUUCCUUGACUCUGUUCACUACAAGAGGACCCCCGAAGCCGAGGCUGCAGCCGAACCUAUAACCGAACCUUUAGAGUCUGUCCACUACAAGCGCUCUCCCAAGGCGGACGCCGAGCCAUCAAUUUCAUUCCUCGAAUCAGUCCAUUACAAGAAGCAGGCUGAGCCUGCAGCUGAGCCUGCGAUCGAAUUUUUGGAAUCUGUCCACUACUAA